AUGCCUCCGAAGAAGCGUAUCGACAGAGGACGUGACGGGGGGAGGGGCAACCCCGCCGAGAGCAGCCGUCUGCGCGCCCGCGCCCGCGCCCCCUCGCCCGAUCGCGCGGUAGACUCCCCGAGCGUGUACGGGUCCUCGCCCGAACCGGAGUCGGAGCCCGCCGCGCCCGCCACACCUCGCCCGGCCCCUGGCCCCCCAGCAGACGGUAGCGGUGCCGUCGACGGCGGUGCUAGUGCCACCCCUCGCAGCAACACACGGCACCAGGGAGGGGCGCGCGCGGCGAGGGCGUGGGAAUUUACCGAUGUCCCGCUCAGUCAAGACCAGCGAGCGAGGAACGGCCGCGUGGCCGGUCGCACCCUCAUCUCCUGGGGUCGUCCACGGAUGGCCGAGAAGCUGCUCUUGAACAUGCAGUACGAGCUAGUACAGGCCGGGAUGGAGAUACCACUCGACAGAAUUGCCCACCGGCUCCGCCCCGGGGCUUCCGGAAGCGCAGUAUCGCAAUUUCUGAGCCGGACCCGGGAGCGCCUCGUGGCAGAGGGUCACCUUGUGCCUCCCAUUCCUGGUUCGGUUUUCAAGCGUGAAGUCCGCGGCUACGUUCGCCGUAACCCGGAGUCUGACGAUCUCCGCUCAACCCGCCCAGUGACAUUUGCUGAGCCAUUGGAGGACAGGAUGGUCAGCUUGCCAGACGCGGUGAACCUUUCCACAACCCGGCCUAAGCGAGCACGCGGCGCCACCCGGGAUAGUGACGAGGAGGGAGCGGGAAAAGAAGAAGAGGACGACCUAGCCGGCGCUCGAUAUACGGACGUGCAGACCGGGAGCCCAUGGCGUGAUCUCAACCAGUCUGAUGAAGACGACGAACAGUCCGACGUGUUUAUGGAGGACACCCCCAGUCGCGGCCCACGGGCCAACUCUACCAAACGCGCUCAUCGGCACAGGGGGGCUCACGGGCCGAUUCCUCGAGUCAGAGAUCCAGAGUUUUGGCAAGCUAAUACUGUCCGAAAUAGACGAGAUUACCCGCCGACAGAAGAGGAGCAGGAGGAGCAGGAUGCCGCCUUCAACUGGCGACGCCCGUCCAAUCCGCCUGUUUAUCCCGGGGAAGCUCGCCCCCCGCCUCCUGGCCGUGAUAACCAACCACCCCAGCAGAUGGUGCCAGAUCGCAUCCCCGCUAUGCGUGCUGCUCCUCCGCCUCCUGUUCUAGGUUACGAUGGUUAUCGUCCGUCUGAGAAUACAGGACGGCUCCCAUUCAACCCUGCAUACGGUGCUGAUCCCGGGUACACUUCCCAGGUGAAUUAUGGAGGCGCAUAUAAUCACGGAUAUUGGGGCGGCCCCAUGCCUCCUCACCCUGCCGCUACCAGCCCCCAUCGCCCGGAUUACCCCCAAUAUCCUUACCAACCGGCGCCGGCGCCUUACGAGCAACACGGGUAUGGCAGCCGGGACCAACACUUCCAAGAUCCGCGACACGACCAGCCACCCCACCAAAGGUUCUACGGAAACCCCGUGCACGACGAGUACGGCAGUUGGCCAAACCAACCGGCAUACCCAAACCUCCAGGACAACAACCAUGGGGAUAUCUACCGCCACCAUGGAGGCGGUCCCCUUGGGACGGCUUUCAACCCACCCGCUCCGCGAUAUCCAACAGAGGAGAGCCACGGCGGGCCUCUUGGCGGCGGAGACCAUAGGCAGCCCCCGCCGGCUGCCCAUGGCCAUCCCCCACGUCAAAACUUGCCUAUCCUCCCGCCAACUGAUGACGAGUCGGUCCAGGCCCAGGUUAACUCCGAGAGUGAAUGGCAGCCGGAUCCCGAUUCUGAAGACGCUGGUGGCGAUGACGGUGGCGAUGGCGGUGGCGGUGGCUCCGCUAGAGCGGGUGGUGUGAAGUAUAAGAGGGAGGAUUCGGCGUAAGCGCCUCUGCCCCUCUCGUGUGUAAGAAGACGUUGUUGGCGGUUGCAUACCCAUCUUGGGUAGUGCAGUCUGGGUGCUUUGUAUUGUGAUCCUAGUUGGCUAUAGAUGGGGUUUGGGAUUGUAGAUGUAGCAUGGAUUAUGCCAGAAUGUACACUCUGACAUCUCACAUUUCUCACACUUUUAAUUAACACUUUGACUCUCACCGUCGACUCAGUUCUUUGCCUCGGCAUCCUCUAGGAAAUCACCGUUCGAGGGCUCUUUGAGCCCCGAGCUGCCGACGCUGGUAUCUGACAUAGGUCAAGAAUGUAAAUUCCGAGAGGCAAUGAUGACUCAAAUU